CUCCUGUGCUUGCAGCUGAAGUGUGGGAAUUGUGGUGAGGUGUCGGAUAGAUGGCAGUAUAUCACAUUAAUGGACAGCAUGCCACUGAAAGGAGGACGAGGGAGUGCUAGCAUGGUGCAGAAGUGCAAACUGUGUUCUCGGGAAAACUCCAUUGAUAUCCUGAGGGACACGAUUACACCUUACAAUGCAGAAGACAGCGAAAGGUUUAAGACAAUUGUCCAGUUUGAGUGUCGGGGUCCGGAACCAGUCGACUUUCAACCUCAGGAAUAA